AUGGGUAGAAAGGAACUGUCAUUAUAUGUGGUGUGUUUUUGUUUCAUCUGUACUACAGGGCAUGAAUUCUUCUCAUCAACAGAUCAAAUUGUACAGCUUGUGGAGAAGGAGAAAGAACUUAUGGAUGCUUUCAGUCUGUACAUUGUUAAUGAAGAAGAGAAUUUAAAGACACAUAAACGGGCUCUUCUGAUUUUUCAGCUGCUUUCUGUGUUGUCUGGGGACCCCGAGAGUGACCCUAUGGCUGCUUUCAAACUCAUUAGACGACUGAGAUCUGAAUGGAAGACUAUGGUGCAAUACACUCAAAGAAGUCUUUAUCAGGAAAAAUUUAAGGAACUGUUGGACUUAGCAUUUCUACAAAUCCCACAUCAGAACGAUUUGGAUGGUGCUGCUUCUGGGCUGAUCAGAUUGCAAGAAAUCUACAAAUUCUACCCACAUAACAUCACAAAAGGAAUGUAUGUAAGCAUGGAUGAAGCUUUUGAUAUAGGGCUGGUUGCAUUUAAGGAGGAAAAAUACCAGCAUGCCUUUCUCUGGUUUAUGUACUGUCUGAACAAGUCAAGCGAGACAGAAUUCACAUUGGUUGAGACGAAAGAGUUGCUACUUUUCCUUGGCUCUUCAGCCUAUUAUUUUGGCAGUGUACCUUUGGCGAUCUACUUCACCCAGCAGCUUCUAAAUCUGGAUCCAACUAAUGAGGAUGCCAGACUUAACUUGGCCUAUUACAGAGAACUUCGCUUCCAAAGAACUUCAAACCCUGAUAUAUUCACACUGAAACAAGAGUCAAGUAACUCCUAUGAGGCACUGUGCAGAGGAGAGAUUGACCAGAGGACCUCCAAGAAGCAGCAGGCGCUGUCCUGCAGGUACAGCACAGGUGGAGGGAACCCCAGGCUGAUUUAUGCACCAGUGAAAGAGGAAGAGGAGUGGGAUGAACCUCGAAUAAUCAGAUAUCAUGAUAUAUUAUCAGACAAAGAGAUCGAGAUCCUGAAGAAUGUUUCCAGAUCUCAUCUUUCUAGGUCUCAAGUUGGACUGGGGCAAGGUCAAAUUUCAGAUAUCCGUGUGUCUCAAAGUAUUCGUUUAUCAGAAAAUUACUCAGUGGUUACUCGUGUAAAUCAGAGGAUUGCUGACAUUACAGGACUCAGCAUGGAAACAGCCGAAACACUAGAAGUUCAGAAUUAUGGAAUUGGGGGCAGAUAUGAACCACAUUAUGACGCAUGGGAUGAAGAGAAUGACAGGAUCGGCACAUUCUUAAUUUAUAUGAGUGAUGUGGAGACAGGUGGCGCCACUGUGUUCCCCCUGAUUGGAGUUAAAGUGCAACCUAAAAAGGGUUCAGCUGUAUUUUGGUACAACCUUCUACAGAAUGGCAGCCUGGAUCUAAAAACAUGGCAUGCAGGAUGCCCUGUCUUAGUGGGUAAUAAAUGGGUGGCUAACAAAUGGAUCCAUGAGUUUGGACAGGAGUUCAAGAGACCCUGUUCUUUGUCAGAGUGGGACUAAAAAGAUAUUCUUGGACCUGUAAACAUAUUAC